AUGCAGAGUCCAUCGUUUUUAGGACAGGUAACGGAAGUUGCAGGCCGUCCAGUACAAACAUUCUUGUCUACAGGCCAAGGAGGGCAACCUAUCUUGCAUCCAGGACAAUAUCCACAAACUUCAGCGUGUUCUGGACAACAGGUUCAGACUUCAUCGCUUUCUGGACAGGCAUUGCGAACUUUCUUGCUCACAGGACAACAAUCACAGACUUCAUUGCCUCUAAGACCCGCAGGACUAUCUCACUUGCCUUCAACACAAACAUCAGUGCCUGCACGACAACAGGAACAACCCCCUUUAGUUCAAGCUCAACAUGUUCAGUCUUCACUUCUUCCAAAACUACAACUUUACUCUCCAUUGCCUGAGCAACAGCAAGUUCAGCUUACCAUACCGCCAGAACAGUCGUCAUUGUCUCUGAGACGAGAAGUUCAAUCUCCAUCGUUUCUGACGCGAGCACAGACUCCGUUGCCUGCAGGACAGUCUGUGAGUAUUCAAGGGCAAUCACUACAAACUCCGAUGCCUCGCCAACUAUCAACAACUCAUGAUCAAAAUCCAUCAAGAUCCUAUUUGCAAGCGUCUGUGCCUCUGGAAACAUCAGGUUUAGAGUCUCAAUAUCCAUAUCAGGCUGGAUUGCAAACAACCUCACCUCCUAUGCUUGUGAAUCAGGGCUAUUGGUAUGAAAAAUCUCCUACGCUAAGCUCAUCACAAAAUUCAACAUGGCCAUUGACUCAUGAAUAUCUACCUCAGAAUAUUCCAGAGGAAUUAGCUCUGUCUCGACCCAUACAGAUUCAGCAGUCUAGUUUGACACAAUCAUCACAAGCUCCGUUACCAUCAUCUCAAACUCCAGCAUUUAUUUCUCAUGUAACUCAAGCUCCUGUGAGAAUGAACUUGUCAGGAGAAACAAGUUCUGUCCCCUCACAGAUGUACCUACAUGCCUCGCCAAUAUCUACGGUGGUAAACCAUGGUCAUGGAGAUGUUAGAACUGGUGGCAUACAAUCUCAGGUAUUCGGGCAACAUUUCCAGCACUCCCCGAAGUUCGUGUCCCCCCAGGCAACGACUCAAUUCUCCAGGGCUCCUGUAAUGGCAGCACAGAACUUGCAUUCCGGUUUCACACUGUCAGGGACAUCACAGCAGGCCUUACCAACUUUUGUUCAGCAAGAGCCUGGAUCUGGGAUCGUUUGUGGGCAACAAGUGUCACGAGCUCCAGUCCUACAUUAUUAUUAUGUAUCACAGGAGGCUGAACAAUUUCCACAAUGGAAAAUAAUGUCAGAUGGAACAAAUUCUGUUUCUGGUUCAGGAUCGAUGGGCAAUCAGAUGUUCCACUCAGGUCUUAUGGAUGCAUCACAGCAACAAUUUCAACAGCAAGGACUAGUAUUGCAAAGUGUCCCGAUUCAUCAGGUUCUGCAUGCCCAAAAUGUGCCCCAGAUACGACAAAAAUUCCAGAGACACAACAAUCAAAGAGGAGGAGCGAAACGUUAUCAACACUCAGCAGCGUAG